UCACAGAUACAACAGGCUGCAAUGGGACACAGCGUGGGUACACAUUGCACAACGGCCGGCUGUUUUCUCGCCCUCCUCCUGGUGUCUAUAGUCUCUGCAGCAAGUGAAGACCAGGUGCAGUGCCCACCAGACACUGGGUACCCAGGUGGGCUCUCGCAUCUUACCAACGGCCUGAAUGUGGGAAGCGUUGCCAAAUUCCUGUGUCCUACAGGGGAAUAUGCGUGGCCUGUGAGCAGCCGGACAUGCCAAGCCAGUGGGAAGUGGAGCAUAAUGAAAUCUAGCACUGGAAGGAGGAUAACCAGGAUCUCCUGUAAAAAAAUGAGAUGUCCAGAUGUCAGCAUAUUUGAAAAUGGAGAGUACUUCCCAGGGGCCCUUUCCUGGUAGGGACCAAUAUCACCUUUGUCUGUAACGAUGGCUACACUCCUCGGGGAUCCAUGGAAAGAACCUGUAGAAGAAAUGCGAAGUGGAGUGGAGAAAUGGCAGUGUGCGAUGAUGGAGCUGGCCAUUGUGCUGACCCCGGAGUGCCUCCUGGAGCAGUGAAAACGGGGCUUCGGUACGACAUUGACGAAAGUGUCUCAUACAAGUGUGCUAACAGCCUUGACCUGGUGGGCUCAGCUAAACGGACCUGUCUAGAGAGCAGACGCUGGAGCGGAACUGAGGUCAGCUGUCAGUACCCAUAUGCCUUUGAUCUUCCUGAAGAUGUUGGACAACAGUUUGCUGGAUCUCUUUCUGGGGUCUUGAACACCUUUAAAAAGAAAACUUCUGGUGGGCGCUCAGUAAAAGUAACGAAGGAUGGCAUUCUGAAUGUGUAUCUCCUGUUGGAUGCCUCGCAAAGCAUUGGUGAAGACAACUUCAAGAUCUCCAAGAAGUGCGCAGAGGAACUUGUCAAUGGGCUUGGGGCGUUUGACAUGAAGGUUCAGUUUGGAAUUCUCUCCUAUGCCACUGCGCCCAUUGUUUCAAUUACCACUCAUGACAAGGACUCCAAUGAUAUAGAAUAUGUGUUGGAGCUGAUUCAGGAGAACCUCAUCUACAGCAAGCACCGUGAUAAGCAAGGAACCAACAUUAAGGGGGCACUGGAGUCUGUGCUGUACAUGAUGUCAUUGCAGAAGCUUAAGUACAACAAGGAUGAGUGGAACUCAAUCCAGCAUGUCAUUAUUCUGUUGACUGAUGGAAAAGCCAACAUGGGUGGUCGGCCUGUGGAUAUGGUAAAGAGAAUUAGAGAGUCCUUAGAGAUCACUCCAAACAGAGAGGAUUACCUAGAUAUCUAUGCAUUUGGCAUUGGUACGGACGUCGACAGGGGAGAACUGAGUGAAAUAGCAUCUCAGAAGGAGAAGGAGAGGCACAUGUUCAUACUGCAAGAAGCAGAGGGCAUAGAGCGAGUCUUCCAGGAGAUAACAAAUAUUAAGAACUAUGGAGAAAUGUGCGGCCUGAAUGAUGAGAGCACAGAUGCAGACACAAAUGACGAGAGCUCAGAUACAAAUAAUCCGAAAAAACAUCCGUGGAAUGUGUUAAUUAGUAAUCCAUUAUCAAGCUGUUGCUUCGGGUCCCUUAUCUCCAGCCAAUGGGUCAUCUCUGCUGCUCACUGUUUUAGAGACUUCGCGUGGGACCAAUACACAUUUACAAUUGGAUCAAAAUUGUAUAAAGGGAAACGGAUAGAGAUCCAUAAAUGUUACAAUAUUACCAGCAAGUCAGACAGAGGGAUAAAGGAGAAUUAUGACUAUGAUGUGGCUCUUGUGGAAUUGAACGAGAAAGUGGAAUUCAGCAAAAUUGCCAGGCCUAUCUGUAUCCCAUGUACGGAGCCAGCCAACCGCGCCAUGAAAAAGCCCAGCACCGCUACCUGCAAUGAACACAGGAAUCAUUUGUUGUCUUCCAGUGACAUACCGGCUGGAUUUAUCGCCAAGACAAAAGACCAAAAUGUGCUGAGAGAAGGGAGAGUCUACAUAAAACACAAUAAAGCGAGGGACGGCUGUAUAUCAUCAUUAAAGAAUGUGAAAAAUUUAAAAACAUCACCAAUGUCCAGGACCUGGUGUCACCACGACACUUCUGUGUACAGGGAGAAAUGUCCUGUAAAGGAGAAUCGGGUGGAUCUCUCUUUGUUGAUUUGAGAAAGAGGAGAAGAUUCUUCCAGGUGGGGGUUCUGAGCUUUGGAAUCUUUAACCCUUGUGCAAUGAAGGGUCAGCGCAAGACUAAUCCCAAUGCUCGGGAUUUCUAUGUGAACGUCCUGGAGGUCUUGCCAUUCCUGAAGGAACACCUAAAAGAAGAACUGGAGUUCUUGCCAGGAUCCAGAUUCAGGGGAGGUCGUCUGCCCGGCCUGA